UGUGGUCACUCGGCUUUCAGCGCUGGCUGGAUUAGAUGCUGCUGGAGGAUCUGCGGAGCUGCGGAGCUGCAUCCCUGCGAGAAGUGGACCCGGGGGUCUGAAUGAUCUGGGGGGAAAUUUCGGGACAGCUCUUUUCCAUCUGACAGGGGCUCAUCUCACAGUUCCCAGUCAGAUCAGGACUAAAAAGCGUGGAUUUGGCUCAUUUUCUGCUGGAUCUCUUUCUUCUCUGGAGCGAUUUGGAAACACACCCGUAUAGGAGGGAUUUUAACCGCUAGCGGGGAUCGAGCUGCGGGCGGAUGAGUGUGUAACAGAACUGCGCCGUGAUGACGUUAUUCAAAGGCCCCAGGGACGGUAUAUGUAGUCAACUUUACAAGAAAAGAAGCUGGAGACCGAGGAUGUUACUGCUUUUGCUUGUGACUUUGGACUUUUUAGUAGUAUCUGUCAGUGCUGAAUCAACGCCAGGCAUACUGGAGUUACAGCUGGAUGAAGAACAGCCCGCUGGGACAAUAGUUGGUGACAUUAGUGCGGGAUUACCGCCUGGAGAAACUGCCUCUCUCUACUUCAUCUCUGACCAUGAAGGCACCGGUGUGGGGAGCGAUCUCAAUAUCGAUGAGACCACCGGCAUCAUCGAGACUGCUCGGCGCCUGGACCGAGAGGAGAGGGAUCAUUAUAGCUUCAUCGCUGUCACUAUGACCGGUCUUACGGUGGAGGUCUCCAUCACGGUCAAUGAUAUCAACGAUCACGCUCCAGUCUUCCCCAAGAAGAAGGCUUCCCUGAAGAUCCCUGAACAGACUGCCGUAGGGACCAAGUUCUCCCUCGAGCCAGCAACUGAUGCAGACAAAGAUCAGCUUACCACCCAGGGCUAUCUCAUCAAAGAAGGCAAUGUCGGACAAGUGUUCAGGCUGGAAACCAAGAGAGCAACCAACAAAGUUCUUUACCUGGACCUGGUAGUGAAUGGAGUCCUUGAUCGAGAAAAAAGGGCUUCUUAUUCCUUGCUUCUGGAGGCUUUUGAUGGGGGAUCUCCUAAGAAAACUGGGCAAAUGACUCUUGACGUCACCGUGCAGGAUAUAAACGACCAUGCUCCCAUUUUUAAUCAAAGCAGAUACCAUGCCAUCAUCUCGGAAAGCCUCCCUCAGGGUAGCAAUAUCCUUCAAGUGUUUGCCUCGGAUGCAGAUGAAGGCGACAAUGGCCUUGUGCUCUACGAGAUCAAUCGCCGGCAGAGUGAUCCAGACAGAUACUUCGUUAUUGACCCUCGGUCAGGAAUAAUCACACUCAACAAGCCUUUGGACUAUGAAGUAAGGAAGGUCCACGAGCUGGUAGUGCAGGCGAGAGACAAUGCCAGCCACCCAGAGAUCACAAAUGCCUUCGUCACUAUUCACGUCCGAGACUUCAAUGACAACCAGCCAACUAUGACCAUCAUUUUCCUCAGCGAGGAUGGAUCUCCACGAAUAUCCGAGGGUGCCCAGCCUGGGCAGUACGUCGCCCGGAUCUCGGUCUCUGACCCUGACUAUGGUGAAUAUUCCAACGUCAAUGUCUCUCUGGAAGGUGGAGAUGGCAAGUUCGCCCUCACCACCAAGGACAGCAUCAUCUACCUCAUCUACGUGGACCAGGUUCUGGAUCGUGAAGAAAGGGACUCGUACGAGCUUCGUGUCAUGGCUACAGACUCUGGCACCCCACCACUCCGAGCCGAAUCGUCCUUCACAAUCCAAGUAACAGAUGUCAAUGAUAACCCUCCUCUCUUUGACCAGCAGGCGUACAAGCAAACCAUUCCAGAGGUGGUUUAUCCAGGCAGCUUUGUGCUACAAGUGACAGCAAGAGACAAAGACCACGGCCCCAAUGGCGAUGUACUCUACAGCAUCUUGCCUGACAGGGGCACACAUUCUGAUUGGUUCACCAUUGACCCAGUGACAGGGAUCAUCACUACAGCUACUCAGCUGGAUUACGAAACAUACCCCAACCCCAGUGUCAAGGUGGUCGCUACAGAUGGUGGAAAGCCCCCCUUGUCCUCCACUGCCCUGGUGGAAAUCAGCCUACAGGAUAUUAACGACAACGAGCCAGUCUUUGGAAGCAGCGUCUACAAUGUGUCCAUCAAGGAGAACACAGCUGCCGGGACCUGUUUCCUCGAGGUGACGGCGAGUGACGCUGAUGGGGGCUCCUUUGGUGCUGUAGCGUAUUCUUUGGGAUCAGGAGCAGGCAGUUCUCCUCCCACACGCUUCAGCAUCAAUAAAGAGACGGGUCAGAUCUGCACCAGUGCUGCGCUGGACCGAGACGAAGGAGCCGACAGCUUUGAGUUUACUGUCACUGCUGCUGACGGGGGUGGUCUGAGCUCUUCAGCGGUUGUGAAAGUGUCUCUGCAGGACAUCAAUGAUAACAGGCCCACCUUCUACCCGGUGAACUACGCAGUCAGCCUGAGCUCUCAGAGUGCCCCCGGAACCUCCGUCAUCAGGGUAACGGCUCACGACCCAGACGGAGGAGAGAACGGGAAAGUGACGUACCGCACUGUACCUGGAGAAGGCUCGAACUUCUUCACCCUCAACAAGGACACAGGGGUGAUCUCUCUGUCCCGCUCGCUGCAUGGAAAGGCCAACUCUGUCAUCGCCAUGGUGAUCACGGCGCAGGACGGCGGUGGGCUCACGGCUCCGGUUAACGCCAGAGUGAACAUCAGCGUGGUGGCCGGCUCUGUGGCGCCCCCUGUGUUUGAGCAGGCUCAGUACUUCUUCACCGUCUCUGAGGACGUUCUGAGAGGGACGGAGGUCGGGGUGGUGAGGGCUAACAGCAGGAGCCUAGCCACCAAGGACAUCUCCUACACCAUCUCCUCUGGUGAUCCUGACGGUUAUUUCACUGUAGACUCUGAGACAGGGGCUCUACGCACCAGCCUGCCGCUGGACCACGAGGCUCGCCCCUCUCUGGAGCUGGAGGUCCAGGCCAGCAGCGGCUCUCCUCCCGCCUUCGGACAGACGAGAGUCACCAUCACCAUCGGCGACGUCAAUGACAACACCCCCGCUUUCCUGCCCUCCUCCUCCGAGUCCCUACUGCUACCCGAGGUCACUAAGAUCGGCUCGGUGGUCUACCGCGUCCAGGCAGAGGACCGUGACUCGGGACAGAACGGCCGGAUCAGCUUCCAUCUGCUGGCGUCUGGAGGUCAGCGGGCGUUCAGCGUGGAGCGCGGCAGCGGAGAGAUCCGCCUGAUCUCCAGCCUGUCCUACGACAGCGUCCCGCGCUACGACCUGCAGGUGCUGGCCCGGGACGGCGGGGUCCCGCAGCGCAGCGCCACCUUCACCCUGGUGGUCCACGUUCAGGCCGAGGACGACCAGGGUCCCGCCUUCGACACCCUGACCUACCGCGUGGAGCUGAAGGAAAACACGCCCCUCAACACUCGCUUCCUGCAGGUUAGAGCUCUCAGCAGAGACCAGGCCGCAAACGGAGCCAACGGAGGAAACGGAGGUUCUUCUCCCGCUGCGCUGCUUUCUUACCGCCUCCGGCCCGACGGGGACGCAGCCGGAUUCGGCAUCGUUCCGGACAGCGGAUGGCUGUUCGUGAAGAGCGCUCUGGACCGGGAGGCCAAAGACAUCUACCUGCUGACCGUACUGGCCACCUCAGGAAGUGGACGGAUGAAGAAAACAGGCAGUGCCACGGUAAGAGUGUCCGUCACAGAUGAAAACGACAACUCCCCCCGCCUCUCCCAGGAGAGGGUCUUCCUCGCAGUGAGGGAGAACCUGCCCACCGGAACUGGAUUCGGCAGGGUUUCGGCUACGGACCGGGAUGCUGGACUCAACAGCCGCCUCACGUACAGACUGCUGCACACUGACCGCAACUUCCAGAUCAACUCCCAGACUGGUGAGAUCAGCACCAGGGCAGCACUGGAUCGUGAGCACCAGUCCAGCUACCAGUUGGUGGUGGUAGUGCAGGACGGAGGCACGCCCCCACGCAGCGCUACCGGCACCGCCCACAUCACCGUGCUGGACGAGAACGACAACGCCCCCAUCUUUAGCCACAUGAUGCCGGGCAAAGAGUUGCUGAUCCAGGUGCAGGAAGGUCUGCCUGCUGGCUCUCUGCUGGGAACACUGCAGGCUAAAGACCCAGAUGAGGGAGAGAAUAGCACCAUAUUCUACUCAUUGUCUGGCUCCAGAGCAGAGCGCUUCUCUUUGAACCCGAAUACAGGAGAGCUGAGAUCUUCUUCUCCACUGAGACGAGCAGAGAAAUCUGAGUACAGUAUUACUGUCAGCGCUUCUGAUCGCGGUGCUCCACCUCAGAGCUCGUCCUGCGUCCUGCGCAUACAGAUUCUUGGAUCUUCUAGAGCUGCUCCCAAACCCAACACUCUGUCCAUGACUCUUAACUCGGUCGAGGGAGCCAAACCAGGCUCCGUCAUUGGUUCAGUACGGUCACAUGACCACCGUGACGUGGUACUUGACGGACAGGUGACGUACCUUGUAGUGGGUGGCACGGAUAAGGAUGGGACCUUCAUGGUUGACCGGCUGACGGGAGAUGUGUACUUGGCCAGGGAGCUGGACUAUGAGAAAGGAGCUCUGUAUACGUUAAAUAUCGAGGUGGAGGACUUCUCGAAGGCCUAUCCCAGCACCUAUAUGAUCCAGCUGGACAUCACAGUGCAGGAUAGCAAUGACCACGCCCCAGAGUUUCCUGAAGACCCUGUGACCAUCGUGGUUCCUGAGAACAUGCAGCCAGGCUCCUCAAUCUACACCUUCCAGGCUGCUGAUAAGGAUGGCAGUGGGCCCAACAGCGAGGUGCGCUACUCCAUCCAGCAUCGCUAUCCAGACCGCUCAGACCUCCUGACCCUCGACCCCAUCUCUGGAGUGCUGACCCUGGGUCAGGCACUGGAUCACGAGGAGACCUCCAGUCUCUUCCUGGUGGUUCGAGGUACAGACUCUGCAGUGGACCCAAACCAGAGGCGUUGGGGCUCGGUCACCGCCCGCAUCUUUGUGACGGACGAGAACGACAAUGCUCCCAUCUUCAGCUCCCCCACUGCAGUCAGCGUGAUGGAGGAUCAGCCCGUGGGCUUCGUGCUCCUCUACGUGAUGGCUCGUGAUGCUGACCAGGGUGAAAACGGACGAGUUUCCUACCGUAUCCAGACAGGAAAUGCAGGAGGCCGCUUCAGCCUCAACCCCAAUACUGGUUCUCUGUCCAUCCUCAAAGCCAUGGAUCGAGAGGAGCAGGACAGCUAUAAUCUGACUAUCAUUGCUGAGGAUCACGGGACCCCGCAGCACUCCACCACUCAGGUGCUGUCAGUGCAGGUGAUUGAUGUGAAUGAUGAAGCUCCGUGGUUCGAGAAGAGCGAGUACGAGGUUCAGGUCAGAGAGAACCAGCCAGCUGGAACCACCGUACUCACCGUAUCUGCUACCGACAGAGACCAGGGCACUAAUGGACGUGUAACAUAUGGAGAUGUGACAGUAGACGGCUUUAUCAUCGCUCCUGAGACCGGCGUCAUUUCCCUCACUAAAGUGCUGGACAGAGAGCAGCAGGAUCACUACACUGUAACGGUGUAUGCCAAGGAUGGAGGGAUGCCCCCUAACUUUGCCAAGGCCACGGUGCACAUCACAGUCCUGGAUGAGAACGAUAACGCUCCAGUGUUCGGGAGGCUCCAGUACAGUCUCGAGCUGCCAGAGAACCUUGAACCUGUAGAGCUUUUUAUCAUCAAAGCUACCGAUCAAGACAGCGGAGACAGCGGCCAUCUGGAGUACAGGAUAACUGUUGGAGAUCCAGACGGAGACUUCCAGCUAGACAGCAGUUCAGGAGCUUUGUCCACUUCUCGACCUCUGGACCGAGAAAGACGGGACAGUUAUUCUUUAGAAGUGGUCGCCCAAGACCGUGGGACCCCCUCCCUCAGCAGCACAGCCACGGUAGAGAUCACCGUCCUGGACGUCAACGACAACAGCCCCACCUUCACUAGCAGCAGUUACACUGUAGAUGUUUCAGAAGACGCUGCUGUUGGGUCGUCACUGCUGGACGUGACGGCUAAAGAUGCAGACGAGGGUCAGAACGGUCAGAUCUUGUACUUUCUGAGCAGUGAAGCUCGAGGAGACUUCACAGUGGACCCUGACACAGGUAGGAUCGUCACCGCAGCACCACUGGACAGAGAGAAAAGAGCCUCCUACAGCUUCCAGGUGUGCGCUGUCGACCUGUCCCCGGCCACGCCCCGCAACACCACGGCCCAGGUCACGGUCACCAUCCUAGACGUGAACGACAACGCCCCCUUCUUCAUCCAGGACCCUCUCAUCAUCAACGUGUCCAGCAGGAGUGUGGCCACCAACCAUGUGGUGGCCACCAUGAAGGCUGAAGAUAAAGAUUUUGGGGCCAACGGCUCCGUGUUCUACCGUUUCGCCAUGCCAGUACGAGGCUUCUCCAUUAACUCUCUGACUGGAGAGAUCCAGACCACAGAGCUGUUGAGCAGCUUGACCCAGAGUCAGCGCACCCUCAUUGUGGAAGCCAUGGACCAGGGAAGUCCAGCACAGUCCUCCCUGGGCGUGGUCAUCAUCUACGUGAAGGAGCAAGACUACCAGGGCAUCCGAUUUUCGCGUACCACCAGAGAUGUCAGCAUCCAGGAGAACGCAGCCAAAGGUACCACAGUGGCCCAGGCCCAGGCGCAGUACCCAGACGGCACCCGCGGGGGCAUCACGUACAGCAUCUUCAGCGGGAACAGACAGCUGUCCUUCAGAAUCAGCUCCAGCACGGGUGAGAUCUGGGUUCACAGCUCCACUGGGCUGGAUUUUGAAGACACGCCAAGACUCCGCCUAGUGGUAAAGGCUGAAACUGCCAGUUCCAGCUCCUUCAUGGCUGUGAACCUCAUUCUUCAGGACGUCAAUGACAACCUGCCCCGCUUUCAGCUGCAGAACUACGUGGCGUACAUGCGUGAGGCGCGGGGAUACGACUCGCCUAUUAUUCAGGUUGUAGCCGAGGAUGUGGAUCAAGGCCCUAACGGGCAGGUCACCUACUCCAUCCAGUCCUCCGGCCGCAGCGGCCUAUUUAAGAUUGACCCUCUGAGCGGCAGCAUCACCACAGCAGCCAUCAUGGACCGGGAGAUCUGGAUGCAGACCAAGCUAGUGAUCACAGCUACAGACCGUGGCAGCCCUAAACUCGCUGGUUCUGCUACUCUAACUGUCAUCAUUGUGGACCUCAACGACAACAGCCCCACCAUCCCCCUGCCGAGAGAAGUGCGCGUGCCAGAAAACUCGCUUAUCGGCACAGAGAUCACCAUGGUAACGGGGAACGACGUGGACUCGGGCCCAGUGCUGUCUUAUUCCCUGCGUCUGGACACGCCCUCUCAGGGCAAGUUUGGAAUCCACCGCUAUAGCGGCAGGGUGUUUCUGACGGCUCCGCUGGACUUUGAGGAGAGGAGCUGGUACACUCUGACCGUUCAGGCUUCAGACUCAAAGCAUCAAAGCGAGGCCAACGUCACAGUGCUGGUGGGAGACAUGAACGACAACGUGCCGACCUUCACACAAGACCUGUAUCAGGUGACACUGCCAGAACAUUCUCCUCCAGGCAGUGCUGUAGUCACUGUAACGGCCACAGACAGAGACUCUGGAGAGAACGGGAGGGUCACUUAUCGAGUGCUGUCGUCAUCCAGGGAGGGCUUCUACAUUGACCCCAAUAACGGCACACUAUUCAUCGGUCAAAAAGCUGAGUUUGACCCAGAGCGUCCCUCUGUAAGUGUGGUAAUUGAGGCCAGUGACAGAGGAAAGCCACCCCUGUCCUCCAUUGCCACCGUCCAGAUCCAGCUCACGGAUGUAAACGACAACGCCCCCAUGUUUCAUCAGUCCGAAUACAGAGCCACAGUAUCCGAGGACCAGCUUCCAGGGGCCACAAUCCUGACGCUGGAAGCAGUAGAUGUCGACCUCUCACAAGAAAACUCAGGCUUCGAUUUCGCCAUCGCAAGUGGGAAUGUCGGGAAUGCCUUCCAGAUUGAAAGUAGUGUCCGUUUUAUAGAAGGCCACGGCUUCCAGACAGUAGGCACACUGAUCCUGGCAGAACAGCUGGACUUUGAGUUAAUGUCUCGCUACAACCUCACCAUCGUGGUUUCGGACCGUGGCGUUCCCCAGCGCAGCUCUAGUGUCCCUGCUGUCAUCACAGUGAUUGACGUCAAUGACAACCCUCCUGUGUUCAGCCAUGCUGAGUAUGUAGUGGCUCUGAGUGAAGGGGCUGCAGCCGGCACGGAGAUCCUACGGCUGUCUGCAACUGAUCAAGAUUCGGCACCCCACGCAGAGAUCCAGUACAGCAUAAGCUCUGGAGAUGAGAUGGAACUGUUCUCUGUAGACCAGUGGACUGGAGCAUUGCGACUGCAGAGACCUCUGGACCGGGAAACUCAACCUUCCCAUGUAGUCAUCAUUCAGGCUUCGGACGGUCAUGGACACUUUGCCCUUGCUCCAAUCAAUGUGGAGGUGAAGGACGUCAACGAUAACAGACCUUACUUUCCAAUCCAGACCAUGACUGCAAGCAUUCGAGAGAAUCAACCUGCGAAUUCAGCAGUCACAGUGUUGCACGCCAUUGACCAGGACACUGGAAUGUACGGAAUUUUGAAAUAUUUCAUGGUGGACCGGUCUAGUCAAGGCAAAGAAUUCUUCGCAGUGGACCAGAACACAGGAGAGGUCCGUUCUCGUCAAGCAUUUGACUUUGAAAAGGUGAACUCCUUCCAUUUCAUGGCUUUAGCUGUGGAUGCAGGCAACAAUUCUGCCACAGUCACUGUACAAGUCUACAUCACCGGCGAGGAUGAGUAUGACCCUGCCUUCACCUCCUCAGCCCUCUCCUUUGAGGUGCCAGAAGGGGCCAAGAAAGGCCAGAGUAUUGGUCAAGUGCAGGCGGUCGAUGAAGAUGGUGGAGUAGAUGGGAUUGUACUGUACUCUUUUCCAAACACUUCCCCAUACUUUGAUGUGAACAAGACCACUGGUGUCAUCUACCUCAAAAUCGAUAACUCUGGAAGCUCUGGCGGAGGAAGUCGCUCUAAAAGGGAAACACGCCUUAUGACCAUGGAUGUUACGGCGCACAGUCCCUUAGAAUCCUCAAGAGUCACAACUGCCCAGCUAACCAUCGAUGUCACCAACACAUCUUUCGGACUUGCGACUGACUUUAACAUUCUCUUGGUCAUCAUCAUUGCAGCUUCUCUUGGUGUAAUCGUUAUUCUGGUCAUAAUUGCAGUGGCGCUGUAUCUUGUCAAGUCCAAGCGCAAGAAGAAAGGGCAGAACACUGGGACUGUGGAUUCAGGGACUGCGCUACAGCAGUUGGACGAAUCUAAAUCUGCUGGUGGGGAGAGAAUCUAUCACCAGACCCUUCCAGGUUAUGCUGGCGAUCAGGGAGGAGGUGGAGGUUCAUACACCAGAGGCGGCUCAUUGGAUCCAUCGCACUCCAGUGGCAGGGGAUCAGCCGAAGCUGCGGAGGACGAUGAGAUCCGGAUGAUAAACGAGUAUCCACGAGUGGCCAGCAUCACGUCUUCCAUGCAAGAGCACAUUUCAGCCCGUGGACCUGACUCUGGCAUCCAGCAAGACGCAGACCAACUCUCUGACAUUUCCUGUGAACCAGGGGCACUGGACGCCAGCCAAUGGUUCAAAGGAAAGAAACUGGGGAGUGCAAGUGGCACAAUGCUGUCUGGCACACUUCCAAUAUACAGAGAUGAAGGUGGUGGCUAUCUAGGAGUGGGCAGAGGCCUGAACAUAUCUCAUCCUAAGGAUUAUGCUUUUCCUGAAGAUGGCAAACCUUCAGUAGAUGGCUCCCUCACAGCCAUCGUCGCAAGUGACGAGGAGUUGCGCGGCAGCUACAACUGGGACUACCUUCUCAACUGGUGCCCACAGUUCCAACCCCUUGCGAAUGUCUUUACAGAAAUUGCCAGACUGAAAGAUGAGAGUAUACCCCCCAACAACCCACGGCGACCCUUCCAACCGAAAGCCAAGACAGAUCCCAAACCCAGAAUUGAUCCACCCCCUCUUAUUACCUCAGUCGCUCACCCAGGCGCCAAGUCUGUUCCACCGAAGCCUGCCAUGGCAAGAACUUUUCCGCAUCUAGCGUCCCUUAGGCGCUCCCCAAUCAGCCACGAGGGUUCCAUCUCCUCAGCAGCCAUGUCCCCAAGCUUCUCCCCUUCCCUGUCCCCACUUGCAGCCCGAUCACCCGCCGUGUCCCCGUUUGGGGUCACGCAAGGCCCCUCAGCCUCCAUUAUUAGCACCACAGAGCACUCGUUGGAGCACAGUGAUGAAGCAGAGAUGAGAAUCUAAUUCUCCUUUGGAGAAUUUUACAUAUUGUGGGGAGCACUGACUUUUUGUUUAAACACACAAGACGGCACUCGAGCCACUAAGGAUUUUGUGAGUUUUGUAAAAAAGAAAAAGAAAAAAAGCGAGAAAGGACUCGCCGCCUUGUAGCCAUCUUUGUGACACAGGUCUCUGGUAUCUUACAUAAAAAAAGGGUUAAAAAAAAAAAACUGCUGCUGUGAAAUGACGAUACCCUUCAUCAGAGCCGAUGUAGCUUUGGGUGCUUUGGGUUUUGCAGAUUUGUAUGCUGUUUUGUGUCGCCUCACUGGCUGGCCAGUGAGAUAAGGCUUUAGUGCCCUUUUUUAUAUGUUGAUGACUGACUGCAUUACAACUACAGUGCUUUGCAGAAUCUGUCCAAGAUGGCUGCUAUCACCACACAUUUUUUUGGACUCCAUUGGAACUCUAAAAAAAGAGAUUUCACUGCAAACGCACAUGGUAGCUCACUCUCAUAUAUAUAUACACAUAUGUUGAAAUGUAUUUUUUAACUUCCAUCGCGUAUCACAUGUUGCUUUUGUUUGUUUCUGAAAAAGAAAAUGCCAUUACCUCGCCUUUUAGAGGAGCUCACUGCAUUUACACUCUGUAUAUUUGUAUGUACUGUAUGCCAGUCGUAGUGUGUAUGCCUUAUUGUUGUAUAGUGUUUUUAUCAUCAUAAUACUGUAUGGUUGCUGAUGUACGUGUGAUAGAAUGUGCUCUGUGAUGUGAGUGACUGGGGAGUGUUUUGAUCAUUAUUUAUAUAAAAUUCAUCAUUGAUCAUUGAGAUUUUGAGAGUACCCAUGUUGCAUAAUGUUAUAUUACACUUUUCUUCUACUUUUGUUCUCUUUGGUAAACACUAGAUUUUCCCAGCAUCACAGUGGAGCUUGACAUGAUCAUAUUGUUUGAGGUUUAUCUUGAAACCUGUCACUGUUUAGUCACUGGUAAUGCAAAGAGACGCCUGUAUGUGAAACGGUUUCCUGUAUGGUGCCAACUGAAGAAGAACAGCCUUUGCUCACUGCUUAUUUGUAUGUUUGCUUCUUUUUUUAUUACGACUCUAAAAGUGGGAGAUUUGAUCAGUUAGUUAGGUUAUGUUCAGACUGCCCAUAUCUGAUGUUGUUUUUUUUUUGGAAAAUCUCAAUUUUUUUUUUACUUGGAUGGUCCAUUGUUGUUGCCUUAUUGAUGUUCACUAAACGUUGAGCUAAAUGUCUAUUAAAGGCAAUGUAAUUCUUUGUUGAAUGUAACCUUAUAUCUAACCCUAAACUUCUAAACUUGUAACUUUUAGGAGUUAGAAUAAGGGUUAGAUGUACAUUAAAGGCUAAUUGUAGGAUUGUGUUUAAGGUUGUGUAGUUUGUAUAGGUUGUAUUGUUUAGCUGAGAGUUUAGUUGCUUUUAACAGAUAUUCAGUUAAAUGUUAGUUAAUGCAAGUUCAAUCUAUGAUGCCUCUAUAAUAGACCAUCCUAGUAAAGUGAUACUCUUUUUUUUUUGCAAAUCAUAUCUAAACUACAUUUGGAGGUGGUUUGAAAUGCGGUUACGUUCAGAUUUGUACAGAUUCACUUCAGUUUAGAUGUCAUUCUGGACUCAAAUCAUACAUUUGUGAUGUCCAAACAGGCAAAUCCUAUCUUGUCUGGACAGAAAAUCUAUCUAUAUAACAAAAACAAAUUAAAAAAUGAUUUGCAGCCUGCAGUCUGAACAUAGCCUAGCAGGUAAAAUGGUUCCUGCUAGUGUCUUCAAGUCUUGUGCUUCCAUAUAUUCAACCAAAAGGUCAGCAAGAAAACUGAACACAUCACCAGGGAAGCUGCUCACACUGCUCAUGCUGUAUUUUGGGAUAAAUCCUGGAGCUUUCGUAUGGGGAAAAACCUAUAUGUCUUAUUUUUUCUAUCCCUGUACACUCCUCGGUGCAAAGAAGAUUACAGCAAUAAUUGCAGCAAAUGGGCGUCCUCCUGUUUUCCUGGACGUCCUCCGGUCUUCUGAGGACUGCUUGGCUACCUCUGGUGCAUGCCUCAUACCAACACUGCCUCAAGCUGGAACGGCCUAUCGCAGAACGGCCUGAGAUUGUUCGACUGUCUCAUGCAGUUAAGAUUAAAAGCUGACCUUGUCCGUACCGUAUUGUCUGAGAGUGUGGAAAGCAUCCCUUUUAAAAAAAAAAACGUUUGACCCGAGACAACUGCCAAACUCCUGGCAGCAGAGUGGUAGAAAUCAUCUGUACAUAUAUUUAAAGGAACCAUUAAAUUCCUACUGAUUUCUUUUGUCUA